CAUCACUCACACAAUACAUCCUCUUUAUUAAAAAAAAAAAAAAUCUCUAUUUAUCUUUAAGAAUUCUCAACAAUGGCACCAAAGGCAGAGAAGAAGCCAGCUGAGAAAAAACCAGUGGAGGAAAAGAAGGCAGCUGAGAAAGCUCCGGCAGAGAAGAAGCCAAAAGCCGGGAAGAAGCUUCCAAAGGACGCUGGAGCAGCCGACAAGAAGAAGAAGAGGUCAAAGAAGAGCGUUGAGACCUACAAGAUCUACAUCUUCAAAGUGCUUAAGCAAGUUCAUCCUGAUAUUGGUAUUUCCAGCAAGGCUAUGGGGAUCAUGAAUAGUUUCAUUAAUGAUAUUUUUGAGAAGCUUGCUCAGGAAUCUUCUAGAUUGGCAAGGUAUAACAAGAAGCCGACGAUUACUAGUAGGGAAAUUCAGACUGCUGUUAGACUUGUCUUGCCUGGGGAGUUGGCCAAGCAUGCUGUGAGUGAAGGGACUAAGGCUGUUACCAAGUUUACUAGCGAGAAGAAGCCAGCUGAGAAAAAACCAGUGGAGGAAAAGAAGGCAGCUGAGAAAGCUCCGGCAGAGAAGAAGCCCAAAGCCGGGAAGAAGCUUCCAAAGGACGCUGGAGGAGCCGACAAGAUGAAGAAGAGGUCAAAGAAGAGCGUUGAGACCUACAAGAUCUAUAUCUUCAAAGUGCUUAAGCAAGUUCAUCCUGAUAUUGGUAUUUCCAGCAAGGCUAUGGGGAUCAUGAAUAGCUUUAUUAAUGAUAUUUUUGAGAAGCUUGCUCAGGAAUCUUCUAGAUUGGCAAGGUAUAACAAGAAGCCGACGAUUACUAGUAGGGAAAUUCAGACUGCUGUUAGACUUGUCUUGCCUGGGGAGUUGGCCAAGCAUGCUGUUUCUGAAGGGACUAAGGCUGUUACUAAGUUUACUAGCGGUUAGGUCUUGAUUUGGGGGUGUUUUAGGUCAAUGUAAAGGUUGUUGGUUUUUGAUUUUUGAAAUGUAAUUGGCCUUAGAAUGAUUAAUGCAAAUGAAUGGUAUCUUUUUCUGUAUUGAAA